UUUCUAAGCUUAUCAAGAACUUAAUGUAUUUAGACAAGUUCUUUAGAUGAAUCAACAUAGCAAAAGAUAUUAAUUUUGGAAUCAACCUAAAAAAGAAAAAAUAUUCAUUUUGAGAAAGAAGCAGCAAGAAGAGCAAGUAUAAAAAAGUGAGAGGGAAAUGGAUAAAGGGCAGGUUUCAAGUAAGGGUAGUAUUGGUGGUUGUUGGAAGAUGAGUAGAAGUAGAAGCAGAAGCAGGUGUUGGUUAGUUGGGAUCUUGAUUUUGGUAGUGAGAGUGUUGGGAGGAAAUGGGUACCCAUCUGAGGAUCUGGUGGUCAACCUUCCUGGACAACCCAAAGUUGACUUCAACCAAUAUGCUGGCUAUGUUGAUAUUGAUUCCAACCAUGGAAGAAGCCUCUUCUACUAUUUUGUUGAAGCUGCUUUUCAUCCUCACAAUAAGCCCCUCACUCUUUGGCUCAAUGGAGGUCCAGGGUGUUCUUCCAUUGGAGGAGGUGCAUUUACUGAAUUGGGACCCUUUUUCCCUAAAGGAGAUGGACGUGGUCUAAGAAGAAAUUCCAAGUCAUGGAACAAAGCAUCCAACCUUCUGUUUGUGGAGUCUCCUGCUGGAGUUGGUUGGUCAUACUCAAAUACAACUUCAGAUUAUAAUGCUGGGGAUGCGUCCACCGCCAAUGAUAUGUAUUUGUUCAUGCUGAAAUGGUACGAGAAGUUCCCAUCAUACAGAUCAAGAGAGCUGUUCCUCACAGGAGAAAGCUAUGCAGGACACUACAUACCACAGUUAACUAAUGCUCUACUGGAUCAUAAUGCUCGUUCGACUGGUUUCAAAUUCAACAUUAAAGGGGUUGCUAUUGGAAACCCACUUCUAAGACUUGAUCGCGAUAUACCAGCAACAUACGAAUACUUUUGGUCCCAUGGAAUGAUUUCAGAUGAAGUUGGACUUGCUAUUAUGAAUGACUGCGACUUCGAUGAUUAUGUGUACGAAAAUCCUCACAAUAUUUCUCAUUCAUGCACCAACGCCAUACGCGAAGCGAAUAGUAUAGUGGGAGAUUAUAUAAAUAACUAUGAUGUGAUUCUUGAUGUUUGUUAUCCAUCCAUUGUGGAACAAGAGUUGAGAUUGAAGAAAAUGGCUACGAAAAUAAGUGUAGGUGUUGAUGUCUGUAUGAGUUUCGAAAGGCGAUUUUACUUCAACCUUCCUGAGGUUCAGAAGGCCCUCCAUGCAAAUCGCACCAAACUUCCUUAUAGCUGGUCCAUGUGUAGUCAAGUUCUAAACUAUAGCGAAACUGAUGGUAACAUCAACAUCCUUCCAAUUCUCAAAAGGAUAGUUCAAAACCAUAUCCCAAUAUGGAUUUUCAGUGGCGACCAAGAUUCGGUUGUGCCGUUGUUGGGAUCUCGAACGCUAAUUCGUGAGCUGGCUCACGAAUUACACAUGAAGGUUACAGUUCCUUAUGGAGCUUGGUUCCACAAAGGCCAGGUUGGAGGUUGGGUGACAGAAUAUGGGAAUUCGUUGACUUUUGCAACUGUAAGAGGAGCUGCUCACAUGGUUCCUUACUCACAACCUUCAAGAGCAUUGCUUUUAUUCACUUCAUUUCUGCGUGCUACCAGGUUGCCAAAUACCACGGGUCCUUCCAUUCAUCAUUAAGGACAUCAAAUUACUAAUUUCUUCUUCUUUGGGGCCUCAAAUUUGCCCAUAACUUACAAGACAAAAUAUAUUACUCUUAAGUUGAACCACCCUCAUAACUAGUUGGUUCUUAUAAUUCUUUUUAAUUUAAAUGCAAAUGAAAAAAAUAUUUUAAUCCU